AUGAAUAAUUUUCCCUUCCAACCUGAGCUCAAUGCUUCCUGCACUGAUGUAGAUGAGACUUUCUAUAGGACUGAACACCACACAUACAAUACAUCAACCCCUCAACUGAUCCCCAAGUUUUAUAUUGCUGUGCCUAUCAUCUACUCUAUGAUCUGUGCUGUGGGGCUUACCGGAAAUUCUGCAGUCAUUUAUGUUAUCUUGAAAGCACCCAGAAUGAGGACAGUCACUAAUAUUUUCAUCCUAAAUUUGGCAAUUGCUGAUGAGCUGUUUACAUUGGUGCUUCCGAUCAAUAUAGCUGACUAUCUGCUGCUCCAAUGGCCCUUUGGUGAAUUCAUGUGUAAAUUGAUUAUCUCAAUCGAUCAAUACAACACUUUUUCAAGUAUUUAUUUUCUAACCGUCAUGAGUAUUGAUCGAUACCUAGUGGUGGCUGCCACUCUCAAGUCAAAGAAAAUGACAUGUCGAACCUAUAGGGCUGCCAAAAUGGUGAGUUUGUCUGUUUGGGUUUUUGUCACCAUCAUUAUCUUGCCAUUCAGUGUUUUUGCGAAGAUACAUACUGAAGAGGGACGAUCCCAAUGUGUCUUUGUCUUCCCCCAACCAGAAGGCUUCUGGUGGAAAGUGAGCCGCCUCUACACACUGAUCUUGGGUUUUGCCAUCCCAGUAUCCACCAUUUGCAUCCUGUAUAGCAUCAUGCUCUAUAAGCUAAGACAUAUGCACCUUCACAGCAAUGCUAAAGCCUUGGACAAAGCAAAAAAGAAAGUUAUGAUAAUGGUAUUGAUCAUCUUGGGAGUUUGCCUGUUCUGUUGGACCCCCUAUCACCUCAGCACAGUGGUUGCUCUCACUACUGACAUCCCACAAACUCCACUAGUUAUUGGAAUCUCCUAUUUCAUCACCACAUUGAGUUAUGCUAACAGUUGCCUCAACCCAUUUCUUUAUGCUUUUUUGGAUGAUACUUUCCGAAAGAGUUUCCGAAAAAUGGUAGAAUGUGGCACUGCGUCAUAA